CUAGUGUGUACUUAUAUCAGAUACGUCUACAAGAAAAAGUAUAUUACUAAAAUUGAAAAUAUGGCACAGUGGAAAACAAGAUUUUUGCAACCAGUUAUCUUUGUUUUCAUUAUUGGCAUUUUCGGUUCAGCUACAGCUAGAUUACCUACAGAUCCGCUUUCAUCUGGCUGUUUACAGAAACUGAACACGUGCUCACCAGGUGAUGUGCUCAACGAAACAUGCAGUUAUCUUGAGGGAGCGCUUACCUGUCUAAGAACAGAUGAUGCUCAGUGCCAGGAUCCUGACAAGACAACCAUGAUCACCACCUCUGAAAUACUGCUACAGUUAUCAACCAGAUGUAAUUUCACAGCCCCACUAUCAGACGGAUGUACAAAAAGACGGACUACGUGCAUGACGAAUGUAAAUUUGGACCCUCCAACAGGAGACAAAUCAGCAUACUGCAGGACUCUAGGUGGAGCUGUCUCAUGUCUGCGAGCAGAUGACGCCGAAUGUCAGGAUCCUGACAAAACGAUCAUGAUCAGCACCCCGGGAAUAUUAAAACGUAUAUCAGAUAACUGUCGAGAUCCACGUGCCUUUCCAGUUCCAGCUGGGUGUAUGGACAGAAUGAAUACAUGUCUUAAUGGUGGCACUCUUCAGGCACGCAACUGCAGUACUAAUAAGGCCAUUCUCGCAUGCCUGUUGACUGAUGACGCAACAUGCCAGGAGUCGGACAAGUCCCUAAUGAUCUUCAUGUUGGGUUUGGCACGGACAGUGUUCUCGUGUCAUAUUAGUGAGCUCACGGAUGGUUGCGACAUAAACGGCUUAAACGUCUGUAGGUAUAACGGCACAUGUGAACAGCGAAACGCACUUGAACUGACGUGUAAAGACUCGAAGCUGGAACAAUGUGGAAAACCUCAAGGCCCGUACUCUUUGUCGAACCUUGCCAAAGGGGUAUCGAACUUGUGCGGAACUGAGUCAAGAUUUUCGCAACUGCAAGUAUAUCUGAGUAUCUGCCCAACUUAUGCAGCCUGUCAAAUUAAAUUCUUCGCCAGUAACGUUACAAACUUGAGCUAUGCUGAAACGGUGUGUGGGAAUCACUUUACAAUAACGAAUUGUCUGCUGAAAAAUAUCAAACCCUGUCAGGCCAUAGCAACUCAAAGUGAGCAAACGUCACUGACUGACACGAGAGAUGAAUUCGCCAAGUUCUGCCCAGAUGGUAAGUUCUGCCCAUAUGGUAUGUUCUGCCCAGAUGAUAAGUUUUCCUCAUGGUAUGUCUGUCCAUAUGGUAAGUUGUACCCAGAUGGUAUGUUCUGCCCUGUGGUAAGUUCCGCCCAGAUGAUAAGUUGUUCUGCCCAGAUGGUAAUUAGUUCUGCCCACAUGGUAUGUUCUGCCCACAUGGUAAGAACUGUCCACAUGGUACGUUCUGACCAGAUGGUAAGUCUUCCAGAUGAUAAGGCCUGACACACACCAGAGCUACAUGUAACAGUUGAGGGACAUUUUUCUUGAAACCUAGAGCACAUUGGUUAUUAAUCAUCGGCUAAUGGAUAGUCUUAGUAGCAAGGACCUUUCGCAUGCACCACCCCACAAACAGGAUAGCACAUGUCACGGUCUUUGAUAUACCAGUCGUGGGGCACUGGCUGAAGUGAGAAACAGCUCAAUGGGUCCACCGACUGGGAUCGAUCCCAGAUUGACCGCGCAUCAGCUAAACGCUUCACCACUGAGCUACGUCCACCCCUCACUGUGAUAGAGGUUUUUAAGACGUCUUUAAUUCAUG